CUCGAACCCCCGAAAUCCAAACUUCACGUCCUCCCCUCCCUUCCCCCCUUCCGCUCAUUCUCAAGCUAUUUCUCCCAGCCUUUCCCCCAUUCCAAUCGCCCUUCAUCCCCAUCCCAUCGAUCCCCCCCACCUUCUCCCGGCUUCCAGUACUUGCUCCAUUUCACUUUCGUCCUCCGCAUCCGGUAUCGAACAUGAGCUCUGCACCAAGUACGCCAAUGAAGAGCGCCCCAGCAACACCAGCGACCACUGGCUCAUGGCGCCAUCCAGCAUUGGACGAUAUCGCAAAGCGCAACGCUAACAAGCGUCCUGAUAUGUCGUUCAAACGGCUUACCAUGAACGCAUUCGCACUGAUCGCCAGUUUUGCGAUGUUUACUUUCCUCCGAAAGAGUGAAUUCUUGCUUGGUCUCACCCCCUCGUCCCCCACCUUCCACCAAUACUUCUCCUACGUUCUCUGGUCAGCUCGCUGUGUUCUGGCCUUUAAUGUUGGGGAGUCCAUCACUCAGCUCCUCGCCCCAGCCGACGAAUUCACCGACAUCUCGCUCACGCCAGAGCAACGUAAGCUGUUGGGGCUCAAUCCUAACACUCCCUUAUCUGCGUCCGCGUCAAUGGGGAACAUCGUUACCCCACCAAGGUACACCAAGUCCACUCCUUCCUCCCGAACUGGUUCUCCCUCAUUCGGUGCGUCAACUUCCGGAUCACCCACUUUGCAGCGGAAGUCUGCUCCACAAACUCCCCCUCCCAUGACUCCCAGCCCGUUGCGUAUGGGCGGUGGGCUGGAGAGGAGGCAGGGUAAUGGAAUUGGAUCACCGAGUGGGGGACCGUUCAGUGGUGGGAGUCCUGGCGUCAAGCUUGCUGGAGCGUCAGUUGUUCCCGGAAAUAAGUGGCUAUACGAGAAGAAUAUUCAGCGCAAGAAUGAGGGUCUCCGCUUUUCGCCUAGCAAAAGUAUCUUUUCAACCCCUCGAGCUUAAUCCAUUCCUGUUUGUCCUCUACUUUGUCUUAAACACUUUCGCUUUUAUACAUUUUUUCCUUCUUGGCUCUUUCUCCGACAUUGUACUUUUUUUUUUAUCCCACCUUAA